AUGAAUAUGACAACAAAUAUUAUCUUAAAUAUUACUAAAAAACCUAAGCAUUACUCCCAUAUAGAUGAUUCUUUUAUUGCUUCUGAUACUUCAUGUUUAAAAGUAUAUUCUACAAGAGAGAAGAUAAAUAAAUUUGUUUUUCCUAUUAAAUUUUUUUUAUUUAUUUUUUUAAUUUGGAUAUUACAAUGUUCUAAUAACUGUACUUGUAGACCCAUGGAUACGAAAUACACCUUAAAAGAUAAAUUUGAUUUAAGAACUGCAAGAUCACUAGCUGAAGGUAAAAGGACGGAUGUAAUAAAAACAAACUUACCAAUAGAAAUAGAACAAAUGUGUUCAGAAAGAGAUACAGAAUUAUUACAAGAAAAUGUUAAAGAGAAAAUAACAGACAAUAAAUUAUUGUAUAGAAAUAUUUU